UGCACAACUACACAAGAAGCGAUUGAAGGAAGGUUGCUUUCCUACUUUCCUACGAGCAGUAACUACUAGCUACCUCUCUCUCUCUCUCUCUCAUUUCUCUUCCUUCACAUCAUCAAGAUCAGGAUACAGAGUUGGUUAAAAAAUCAAUCAAUCAAUCAAAUCACAAUCAGUCAACCAAACAUGUCCUCCUCCUCUGCCUUUUCACUGGACCACCUCCCUCCCUCCGAGCAGCUCUGUUACGUCCAUUGCAACUUUUGCGACACCGUCCUCGCGGUGAGCGUUCCUUGUAGCAGUCUCUUGAAGACGGUUACGGUGCGGUGCGGUCACUGCACCAACCUCCUCUCUGUUAACAUGCGCGGCUUGCUUCUUCCUGCUUCAAAUCAGCUCCAUCUUGGCCAUGUUUUUUUCUCUCCUCAUAAUCUCUUGGAUGAGAUCCCUACGCCGCAGCCGAGCUUGUUGCUCGACCAGUCCAACCCAAAUGAAACUCUGGUAUCGGUAAGAGGAGUCGACGAGCCCCCGAGAACGCCCGUAGUUAACAGACCUCCGGAGAAGAGACAAAGAGUUCCGUCUGCGUACAACCGAUUCAUCAAGGACGAGAUCCAACGCAUCAAGGCCGGGAAUCCCGACAUAACCCACAGAGAGGCCUUCAGCGCGGCUGCGAAGAACUGGGCCCACUUCCCACACAUCCACUUUGGAGUGGUGCCUGAUCAGACCGUGAAGAGACCUAGCGUGCGCCAGCAGGAAGGAGAGGACGUUCUCAUCAAAGAUGGGUUUUUCUCUAGCGCAAACAUGGGCGUCACUCCCUACUAGGCUAUGCAAGCUUUGGACAGUAUCAGUGAUAGUUCAACAACAUUUCUGAAAGGUAGUGACUUAUCCACUUUAUAUGUGGCAUGAAUGUUUGGUGGUCAGAACCGCUUAAAUCGUGGGCCCCACUGUGGUUAGAACAUAGCCUAAAAAUCUCACUGAUUGACUGAUCCAGACCAUCCAAUCCAUGGCUAUCAAAUAGAUAUUUAAAUGAAAAUAAACUUUGCAGCUGACCAAAUUCAAUGAGCUAAACUAGAUGGUUGAGAUCAUCCAAAUAGUAUGACUGUGGGGUUAUGCACCAUCCACAAUGGGGCCCCACGAUACGGACACUCAGAUCGCCACAUGCGUGUGCCAUGAUGAUGAUGCACCUGUCAUCACCAUUCAGAAAUGACGCUGAACUAUCAACUUAGUCUAGCAUGGGGUUUUUAGACCCUUCUUCUUCUCUGUCUUUUUGUCUAAGUGUUUAACAGGCUUUCUUGCUUGGUGAAUGCAAUCUCUACGGACCUGCAAUCUCUUUCUCUUGCUUUGAAAGACCUUGUUCUAACAUCUCUUUGCAAAUCACUGUUCUUGUUGCUUUAUUCCCCGUUACAGUCUUGUAUGUUUCCUCUGAUCGGUGCAUAUGCUGCUUUCUCC